GCCCCCGCUGGGCCCACGGCACCUCCCCUCCCGCCGGGCCCCGCCCCGCCGCUGCCGUGGGCCGACACCGCUGCGGCUGCGGGAGCUGCGAACGCGGCUUCUGCCCCUCCUCUUCCUCCUCCUCCUCCUCCUCCUCCUCCUCCUCCUCGCGGGCAGACACCUUGGCCCUAGGAAAGGGGGAAAUAUCCCUUCUUUGGUCCCACGGUCUGUGCUGCUGGAGCAGGCACCGAGCCCACGUGUCAGCCAGUCAUUAUUGCUGCAGAGGAGUGUGGACUGUGAGGUUUAACCCAGGCUGGCAGUGAGCAACCCCAGCCAGCCCUGCCAAACCUUUCCUUUCCCCAAGCUGCCAGAUAAACCUGUGACUGAGUUGUAUCUUGUUUUUGUGAAAUGGAGCUCUUAUUAGAUGAAAUGUUCCAAAUCUGGACAAUUCUACCAAAGGCCUCACGCUUCAGAGGAAAAAAGAUGUAGCUAUGUGAACUUGCAAGGUGAAGACCUUUAAUUUACUAUGGCAUCAAGGCUUGUUCCAAAAGUGACUUUCAAAGAGGGAGAAUUUCAAUGCGGAGAGAAACACGUGGUGCUGCUUAGCCCCGUGGGAAAACUCGAGAUAUCUGGGUGUGAAACAGGCUUGCAUGAAAUAAAACUUCCAAAAAUGAGCGUGCUGCCAAGUGGCAGGGCAGAGUCCUCGGCCGCUUGUGAAGUGUAUGAAGGCGCGGAGGAGAUGACAGAGCCACUGAAGCAGUGCGCAGCCUGGCUGCGUGCCUAUUUCUGCGAGCCAUCGAGAGUGGGAAGCCUUCCCAUGCCAGCCUUCCACCACCCAUUGCUCCAGCAAGAUUCAUUCACUCGACAAGUGUUGUGGACCCUGUUGAGAGACGUGAAGUUUGGAGAGGCUGUUUCCUACAAGCAAUUAGCAGACCUUGCAGGCAACAGCAGAGCAGCGAGAGCAGUGGGAGGAGCGAUGAGGAGCAAUCCUAUCCCGAUUAUAAUACCUUGCCACAGGGUGAUUCGCAGCAGCGGUCAGACCGGCAACUACGGAGGAGGAAACCUUAUGAAAGAGUGGCUUUUGUCGCACGAGAAGCUCCAGAAAGAGAAGUUAGCAUAUUGAUGCAGCUCAGCCACAGCCGCUAACCAGCCAAGACAUACAACCGCGGAUACUUGGCUUAUAACAAGCUCUCAGAGCACCCAGUAGAAUUCAGAAAAAUGGUAAAUAUUUGAGUGACAUAUAAAUAUAAUGCAACAUCCAAAGUGAAAUGUGUGGUGGCACCACUAUAUUAAAAAAGCGGGAUGCGUCCUGAGGGAUGCAGCUCGUCUGCCCUUUCUUGUUUUUACAUUUUACAGCAGAAUGACUACAGCAGUCCAGGCCUGUUGUGCAUGGAUUUUGUUCCCAUCUCCAGUCCUGUUUUGUUCUAUUUUUAAUGUCCAUUAAAGCACGGAUAAGGGAGUGGGAGGGACAUGGCAAAUGUGAGGUACAAGCCUCCCCCUAAGGAAGCAUCUGGCUCACUGAAGGGGCAACCGGGGAGCCCCAACCUGUGCCCACGCUCGCUUCUGCCCAGCGCAUCCCUGCCAGCCUCCUGCCCAGGACACCCCUCACCUCUUUGGUCCCUGAAACCGUGUUUAGCGUAGACAGGAGUUAACAGAGCACACUGAGAUGCAUUCAAAAGCAAGCGGCUAUUGAAUUGCUUGUUCUUGGCUUUUCUUUUCGGAUCGGGAGAGAUGGGAAUAAAAAUCGUUGCCUUUGUGAAUGGUGGAGGAGAAACUGCUGACAAAUGUUUGAAAAGUAUGUUUUAAAUAAUCAGCUUGAUUACCGCAACUUGGUGAAAAUUUCAAAAAGCUGAUGGUAGCGGCAUCUUUGUUAGCAGCACAUUUGCUUUUAUCGUUCGAUUUUUCUCCUUUAGAUUUUUCCAUUUCUCUGUUAACCCGAAGCUUUCUUUGCCAUAGCCUUUCUAUGGAAAUAAUUCAAGUAUUCAAGAGAUAUUAAGGUGAAAUUUUGAGGUGGUUCAAGCAGGGUUCUCUGCAAGCGCGAACCACCAGAAGCUGAAAUUUUCAGUAUGGGAGUCGUAAAUUCUAACAUGGAAAUACUGAUUUUUUUUUUGUGCGUUUUGUCAUAUUUUCAUAGAUGUCUCUUUAGAAAGGCCAUUGCUAACCAAGAAAUUAUGGUGUUACAAUGCGUUAGUUAAUAUAGUAUUAUUGAUAUCUCAGAAUUACUUCAAUAAAAAAACCGCUU